AUUCCCCCUUUACGACGCUGGGUGGGGGUGUUGGCCACGGACCGGCAGGUUCCUUUGCCCGCACCGGGUUUGCAGGCACAGGGAGACAAAAAGCCCGUGUGAGCUCCUCGGGAGGGCAGCGGUACACGGAACAGGGGUGCUCGGGGGCUUUCGGACCCCUUACCCCGGCAUUCCCGACAAACGUCGCUCUGCCUCGAACGUUGUUUAAAAAUGCUGGGAACCACGGAGAACGGUGGAUGGAUUUUCUGGAGAGUAAUGGCGUGGGGGAGACGGUGCGGAGGCAGCAAGAGGCAAGUGAUCUUGUUUAUUCUGUACGUUUGCGUGUGUCAGAGCGGGGCCGAAACCCUCCGUUAUUCUCUGGCGGAGGAAAUGGAGAGGGACUCCUUUGUCGCCAAUAUUGCAAACGACCUGGGGGUUGUUCCGAGCCAGCUCGCGGCUCGCAAGGCCCGCGUUGUGUCCGAGGGGAACGAGCAGCUUUUCCGCCUCAAUGAAAACACCGGAGUCCUGACGGCAAAGGAGUCCCUGGAUCGAGAGCAGAUCUGUCCGCAGAGCGAUACCUGCACACUCUUCUUUAAGAUAUUCUUUGAAAAUCCGCUGCAGCUGAUCCGAGGAGAGGUGGAGGUUCGUGACGUGAACGACAACUCCCCCGUGUUCCCGGAGAAGGAGAUGGUUUUAGAGAUUCCCGAAACGACAUCUCCCGGGUCCCGUUUCCCUCUGGAAAGCGCCCAGGACAAGGACGUGGGCAGCAACGGCUUGCAGAACUACAGCCUCGGGUCCAAUUCGCAUUUCUCCCUCGCUCUCGGAACAAGGAAAGGUGGAGCAAAAUACGCGGAGCUCGUCCUAGAGCGGCAGCUGGACCGCGAAGAGCAGAGCGCGCUGAAUUUACUCCUCACAGCCACCGACGGGGGCUCGCCACCCAGGUCCGGCACGGCUCAAGUCCGGAUCGUGGUGCUGGAUGCCAAUGACAACAUCCCAGUCUUCGGUCGGGAGGUCUACGAGGUGCGCCUGGCCGAGAACAGCCCCCCCGAGCAGCUGGUGGUCAGAGUCGCGGCCGCGGAUCCCGACGAAGGGUCCUACGGGAAAGUGCGGUACGGCUUCACCCAGACAUCGGAGCGGUCCCGGCAGCUCUUCGAGCUGAACCCUGCCACUGGGGAGAUACGGGUCUCGGGCAACCUGGACUUCGAGGAAGCAGAAAACCACGAGAUGGUGGUGAAAGCCACCGACGGCGGGGGGUUGUCUGCGCAUUGCAAAGUGCAGGUGGAGGUCCUGGACGUGAACGACAAUGCCCCGGAGAUAGCGCUCACCUCCCUCACUGCCUCCAUUCCCGAGGACGCCCCCCCCCGGACCGUGGUGGCCCUGUUCAGCGUGCGGGACCGGGACUCCGGGGACAAUGGCCGGACAGAGUGCACGAUCGACGGGGACUUGCCCUUCAGUCUCACCCCCACUUUUGAUAAUUACUAUGAACUGAGAACAAAUGCGGCACUGGACAGGGAGAGGAUGGCGGAGUAUAACAUCACCAUCACAGCCAUGGACUGGGGCACAACGCAGCUCAGCUCUCGGGAAAGCAUCUUCGUGCAGAUAUCGGAUGUGAACGACAAUCCCCCAGAGUUCACCCAGGAGGUUUACACCAUGUUGGUGGUGGAGAACAACGGCCUCAUGCUCCGGAUCGGUAGCGUGAAUGCCACUGAUGCCGACACGGGAAAAAACGCCCAUGUAAACUAUGCACUGGUGCGGCAGGAGGGCAAGGAGCAGCCCGACGUGUCAGUCAGCUCUGAAAAUGGGGAUGUUUAUAUCCUCCACCCGCUGGACUAUGAGGAGGUGCACGCCUUCGAGGUGGUGGUGUGCGCCACUGACGGUGGCUCGCCACCGCUCAGCACCCAGGUGGUGCUGCGUGUGCUGGUGCGGGACGAGAACGACAACACGCCCAUCGUGCUGUAUCCGCCCCCUGAGAGCAGCGUGGCGGUGGGCGAGCUGGUGCCACGCUGGGCGCCGGCAGGCGACCUGGUGGCCAAGGUGGUGGCGGUGGAUGCGGACGCGGGGCAGAACGCGUGGCUGUCGUACGAGCUGGCCAAGGCAACGGAGCCGGGACUGUUCCGCGUGGGGCUGCACAGCGGCGAGGUGCGCACGGCGCGGGCCCUGUCCGAGAGGGACGCGCCCCGGCAGAGCCUUGUCGUGCUGGUGCGAGACCGCGGGCAGCCGCCGCGCUCCACCACCGCCACCCUCGGCAUCACCCUGGUGGACGGCUUCUCCGAGGCCCAUUUGCGGGUGAGGGAGGAGGUGCUGGCCGCUGAGCCCGACGGGCCACUGACCCUGUACCUCAUCGUCUGCCUGGCCUGCGUGUCGGUGCUGUUCUUGGCCACCGCGGUGGCCGCUGUGGUGGUGAAGGUGCGGCGCACCAGGUGGAGCGAGGCAGAGACCUUGCCUGCGUUCCCGAAGUCUGCCACGGAGAGCAACGCAGGCUCCCUGCCCCGCAGCUAUGCGUAUGAUGUCUGCUUCACCACCGGGACCGUCAACAGCGAGUUUCGGUUCCUCAGACCCCUCUUCCCCUGCUUCCCUGCCGGGCUGCCUCCCGCCCCGGGCGAACAGCAGAGCUCAGUGUGCUCGCAAGAGGCAGCCAACCUUGGGGAAGAAGGUGACUGGGCUGCACAGGGCAGAGCUCCCCUCUCUGAAGACAUGGGGCCCAGACUUGCAGAAGCAGCUUGCGCUGCAAACAGGGGGAUGGAGCUAAACGUCAAUUCUGAUCAAAACCCUUGGCUCAGCCAUCAGUAAGUGAGGAGAAAGACAAGCAUGUCUGUCCUCACUGGGAAAAGAGAAUGAAGAGACCAGAUACCCACCAAAAAAGUACCAGGAAGGUACAAGUCUUCUCUGUAAGAGAACAGAAACACUCUCCUCUUGAGCAGUACUUUAUUCAUGUAGGUAUUUUGUAAUUGUGAUAUGGAUGGAGGAGGAGGACUGUGUUGCAUGUUGAUUACACUGAGACUUGAUGUAUGAUUGUGAAAGUGCUACUUCUUCUAAAUAUUAAGGCAAAUUGUGAAAACUGAAGCAGAUCUUUAAGAUAACUUUCCUACAUAAUUUUUUCUGCAUUUUUUUUUCUUAUGGAGAUGGCUCUGUAAUAAUAUCUUAAUUUUCUGCAGUGUGUUCAACACCAGGCCAAACAAAUAUUAAGCAAAAUUAAGUGGUGCUUGCAAAGGAAUUCCUUAAUAAGAAACAGAAGUGGUUACAUUAGAAAUGGCUGACAUUGGCAUGCUUUGCAUAUUUGACCAGGUUCUCUGCACUGUAAAGAGUGGGCUUUGAGCAAUGUUUUGUUUUGGUUGUUUGGGUUUUUUUCCUCAUAACUUAAAGUUGAAAUUAACAUUUCAGGAUUUUUGAGUAUAAGGCAGUAGAGAGUUAAAGUACUGUUUGUGGUUUUACGGUAAAAUAGGCUAAAACGUUUACAAUAAACUUAAGGCGCUGUAGAAUAUAGGGUGUCAAGAAGCUUUCUGUUUUCUUUCCUUUCAUUAAUCAGUUUUGAUCUAUAAAGUACUCUGAUAU